AACUUCAGACAUGCUAUUUAUGACAUGUAUAAAAAAAGUGCAGGACAAUGUUUCCGUAUUUAGUAACCAAUUAGACAAUCGGCUUGGUUCUAAACAUGCGGACUUUCGGUACACUCAGAAAAUCGGAAAUAAAUCGCCAAAAAUCUGGAAUGAUUCAGAAACAGAAAUCGGGUUUCACCCGCAAUACUAA